AUGCACAAUCGGGAUUCUCUCACCAAUAGGGGUAGAAGCUCAAUAAACAUUCACGAAGGGAAAGAUUUGGAAUCAAUUCACUCAUUACUUGCAGAACUGAAAACGGAGGUCACAGAAAUGCGUAAUGAUAUGGUCGAGGUGAAAUCUUCUCUUGACUUUUUUAAUGGUUUAUAUGAAGAGCAGCGACAGUUAAAUAAAGUUAUGGGGGAAAUGAUCGACGAAGUGAAAAAAGAUAACAAGAAACUUCGUAACGAGCUUUCUUUAGUGCAGUCCAAGUUGAUCGAGUUGGAAGCAGACAAAGUAAGUGCGAAUCUUAAUAUUUACGGAGCAUUUGAAAUAGAUGACACCGAGGAGAUUAUGCGUAAAAAGUCGCUGAGAGUGCUUAAAUUUGUUGAUAACUCUGUAGUUUCAAAUAAUAUUAUUCAUAUAAAAUCUACACCAAUCAAAAACAAACCUCCGAUGUUGUCUGUUUCACUAAUGGCAGGCUCUGAUUUGUGCUGGUUGGAGUCAUACAAUAAUAAUAAUAAUAAUAAUAAUAAUAAUAAUAAUAAUAAUAAUAAUAAUAAUAAUAAUAAUAAUAAUAAUAAUAAAAAUAAUAAUAAUAAUAAUAAUAAUAAUAAUAAUAAUAAUAAUAAUAAUAAUAAAAAUAAUAAUAAUAAUAAUAAUAAUAAUAAUAAUAAAAAAACCCCUCAGGGGUCAGAUGAAAAAUCUGACACGGGAAUGGCAAACCCGAGCGAAGUCGCAAAAACCUGUGGGGCACCAGGCGCACCCAACAGUAUAAACGCCUUCCUGCAGUAUCCAGGCUCUGCUGUAGGUGACUUACUUACCUUGGUUACUCGUGGGACCAGAAUGUCAGGAACAAAUACCCAAAUACAGGGGCCGUCUCUCCCCCAAAGUGGAGACAACCAACAGGAGAAUGAUCCUUUCAAGAGGAGUACCUCAAUUUCGAGAACCCCUACUAAGGGCGAUAGGAAUACUGAACCCACAAAGAACAAUAAUAUCAGCCAGGAAAAGCUGCUUCAUGCGCGGUUCUUGGUGAUACAGAGAGUGGAUGGUUUGAAUUUUGAUAAAGUUAGUCCGUUUGGCAUUAAUAAGGCCUUCAACGGUUUAGUUGGAGAACUAAAACAAAUAAAGAAAACUAAACAAGGUUUACUUGUAGAGACCGUUUCAGCAGCUCAAUCUGGUAAGCUCCUAACUGUUAACAAGCUGUUAGAUUUACCCGUAUCUGUCUUGCGUCAUGAAUCCUUAAAUGUUUCUAAAGGUGUUGUUUAUAGUCGUGACUUACUUUGCUGUUCUGAGCAAGAAAUUCUGGAUGAACUGAAAUCGACUGGAGUUAUUGAUGUGAAAAGAAUUAAAACAAAAAUUAAUGGAGAACUACAGGACACUGCCUCGCAUAUUUUGACUUUUAAUAAUUCCAAACUCCCGAAGUAUAUAAAAGCAGGGUACUUAAAUAUACCAGUUAGGCAGUAUGUACCACCUCCAUUAAGAUGUUACAAAUGUCAAAAAUUCGGUCAUACUUCAGUGAAGUGUGAUCAACCACAGAUAUGUGUGUGCGGAAAACCACCCCAUGAUGGUAAUGCCUGUGGUAGCGAAGUUCUCUGUGUGAACUGUGGCGGCAAACACUCCGCACGAUCACGCAACUGUCCAACUUAUAAAACAGAAAUAGCAAUACAGGAAUUAAAACUUAAAGAAAAUAUUAAUUAUUUUGAAGCAAGAAAAAAAGUCGUAAUAAAUACUCCAAAGAACAUCAGUUAUGCUCAUGCAACAGCCGCCUUACCUGAAACAAAAGAAAACUUUAAUAUUAAAAACUUAAUAAAUGAAUUAAUACCUACAUUAAUAAAAGAACUCAAAUUAGUAUUUGUCUCUAAAACUGAAAUGAUUCCGUCAGAACGUUGUCGAAGAGAAUCGGCUUCUUCGAUUGCCUCUGAGGUACCGUAUGAAAAAAGAAAAAGACCACCUACAAAUACUGGAGAAUCGAGCGGAGGAGAAAGUUCUGCCUUUGAACCGGAAUUCUCCGACAACAAAAUUAAGAAACCUAAGGGGUGGCCAAAGGGGAGACCCAGGAAACCACCUAACAAUAAUGACUAG